AUGAAAAAAUAUGUUGAUGAAAAGAAGGAACAAAAACGUCAGGCUUUACUUCAAUCGGAUGUGACUAAUAUUGGUGAUGAUAAAGAUGAAGUUAUGGACGAAGGAGAUUGGUGGUGGAAUGGGGAAGUCCAAGGCUUAGUGGAAGCAAAGAAGGCGGCAUACACAAAGUGGGUGGAGUGCGUAGAUGAGGAAGAGAAGCGGACACUUAAGGAGGUUUAUAAGACGACAAAGACAGAAGCUAAGUUAGCUGUUACGAAGGCUAAGACGGCAGCUUUCAAACGCUUGUAUGUCGAGCUGGGGGACAAAGGUGGGGAUAAGAAAUUGUAUAGGCUUGCAAAAGCAAGAGAGAGGAAGGCUCGCGACUUGGACCAAGUGAAGUGCAUCAAGGAUGAGGAAGGCAAAGUAUUGGUGGAAGAGUCCUCCAUCAAACAGAGAUGGCGAAGAUACUUCCACAAACUUUUAAAUGUAGAAGGGGACGGAGACAUGGUGCUGGGUGAUUUGGCGCACUCUGAAAGACUUCGGGACUUUGGGUACUGUAGGUGUUUUAGGAUCGAGGAGGUUAUACGUGCUAUUAGUAGGAUGAGCAGGGGAAGAGCGACCGGACCCGAUGAGAUUUCGGUGGAAUUUUGGAAGAGUACGAACAAGGCAGGUAUAGAGUGGUUAACUGGGCUGUUUAAUGUUAUUUUUAAGACAGCAAAGAUGCCUGAUGAAUGGAGGUGGAGUACAAUGGUUCCGUUGUAUAAGAACAAGGGUGAUAUCCAAAACUGUAACAACUAUAGGGGUAUCAAACUGCUAAGCCAUACUAUGAAGAUUUGGGAAAGAGUGGUGGAGAUAAGGGUGAGAAGAGGAGUGUCCAUUUCUGAGAACCAGUUUGGAUUCAUGCCGGGACGAUCGACUAUCGAAGCCAUUCAUCUUAUGCGAAGAAUGGGAUCAGUCCUUAGCCCUUUUCUAUUUGCUUUGGUAAUGGAUGAGUUGAUGCGGUCUAUUCAGGAGAAGGUCCCAUGGUGUAUGUUAUUUGUGGAUGACAUAGUACUGAUCGAUGAGACGCGGGACAAAGUUAAUGCGAGGUUGGAGGUGUGGAGACGAACGCUGGAGUCCAAAGGUUUCAGGUUGAGUAGGACCAAAACGGAAUAUUUGGGGUGCAAAUUCAGUUAUGUGUUGGAUGAGGCAGAUGGGGAAGUGAGACUUGACACACAGAUCAUUCCUAAGAAAGAAAGUUUUAAGUAUCUUGGGGCUGUAAUCCAAUGA